AUGUCAUCUUCAAAACAAAGAAUUCAGAUUGUACGAAACCCAGUGCUAGCCACUAAAAAGACUCCAGAACAAAGAUAUUGGAGAUCGUUUGGCAAUACUCAAUUGGUAAAAGAACAUAAUGCUAUCACACAUAUUACAUUCAAUCCUGCCUCACCUCAUGACAUUGCUGUGACUUCUUCCACAAGAAUCCAAGUUUUUUCAUCAAAGACCAGACAAGUGGUGAAGACUUUUUCAAGAUUUAAAGAAACUGCUUACAGUGGGGAGUAUAGAUAUGAUGGUAAGCUAUUGGUUGCCGGUGACUCGAGUGGGUUAGUGCAAAUAUUCGAUGCUCAAAACCCAAGAACGUUACUUGUUUCCAUACAAGCGUCAUCUUAUCCAACACACGUUACCAAGUUCCAUCCUCUGAUUUCCACCAGUUUAUUCACGGCGUCUGACGACAAGAUUGGGAAGAUUUACGAUAUUUCUCAGUCUCAGCAACCAUUGCUAACAUUAGGAGGGCACGAAGAUUAUAUUAGAUCCGGGACGUUCAUUAAAGACCAACCUAAUUUGAUCGCCACUGGGUGUUAUGAUGGAUACAUACGAGUUUUCGACACAAGAAUUGACAGUGCAGAGACUCCAAUUUUGAAAUUCAACCACGAUGCCCCAGUAGAGGAUAUUUUGUCGAUCAAUGAAACCAGUAUUGUCAGUGGUGGUUCCAAUUAUAUCAAGGUUUGGGAUUUGCCUAGUAAUAAAUUGACCAAGAAACUUUCAAAUUUCUCUAAAACCGUGACUACUUUAUCGAUGUCUGGGGACAGAAGCUUGUUAGCUGGUUCUCUUGAUGGCCAUGUGAAAAUAUAUGACACUUCUGAAGUGAACUGGCAAGUGAAGUUUGGAUGGAAGUUUGGAUCAGGGGUGUUGAGUUGUGGAGUGUCGCCUGAUUCCAAACAUUUUGUUGCCGGGUUAACUUCGGGGCUUUUGUCAAUUCGUACCAAAAAAGUUGGUAAACCCCAGCCAAAGAAAGGGGAAUUGAAGCAAGAAAAGUCUAGAGCCUAUGCUAAGAUGCUUCGUGGGUCCGAGUACCAUGGUCAAUAUGAGCAUCGGAUCAUCAACGAUGGGGCAAACAAUGCUAAGAAACCACAAAAGUACGAGAAAUUGUUGAAUAGCUUCCAAUGGUCAGAGGCAUUUGACAUGGCGUUUCAAUCGGGGAUUGCCAAGGAUAUUACCCUUAGUAUUUUGGAAGAAUUGAAGAAGCUAGGGAAGAUUCACAUUGCGUUGAGCAAAAGAGAGGAUAGAUCAUUGGAGCCAUUUUUGUCUUGGAGUAUCAAGCAUUUGGACGAUAUCAAGUGUUUUGAUAUCGUUGUUGACUACUUGAUGAUUGUGAUUGCUGAGUACGGCAGUCUUGUGGAGAAGAGUUUGUUGAUGGAGGAGUUGUUUAGUGGGUUGAAGAGAAAAGUGGAUGUGGAGAUUGAGAAGAGUAAGGAGGCGAACAAGAUUUCGGGGAUGUUACAGUUGCUUACAUCGUAG